AAUCGACCAGCUGUUUUAUAGUUUUGUUCUUGUCUGUCAUAAUUUUAAAAACAUUACUAAGUUCUUUAAUUUAGAAAUAGAGUUAAAUUACUCAUUUUGUUUAACAAUAAAGUUCCUUUUAUCUAUCACCAUCAAACAGAUACGUACGUUUUAUAUCCUUUCGGGUUUUUUUAAGUUUCACUUUUUAAAAUUGACAGCUUAUCUUUCCAAGGAGUUUUGUAGGAAUGGCGUCUCAUAAGUGAAGUUGAAAAAAGAAAAACGCUUUGAAGUGCAAAACCUCGAUAUUUUUUUGUUAAAAUAGACAUUAGUAGUUAGUGAAAAGACAUGGCAAACAAAGCAACGAGUAGUGCUCUUAGGGCGUUAGCAGUGGAGUAUAAAAGUUUACAGGAAGAACCAGUUGAAGGUUUUUGUGUAAAACUUGUUAAUGAAGAUAAUCUUUUCGAAUGGGAAGUAGCUAUUUUCGGUCCACCUGAUACCCUCUAUAUGGGAGGUUGCUUCAAGGCAAGAAUGAAAUUUCCCACAGAUUAUCCAUAUUCACCACCAUCAAUAAGAUUUUUAACAAAAGUCUGGCAUCCUAAUGUAUAUGAGAAUGGAGAUUUGUGUAUUAGUAUUCUUCACCCUCCUGUAGAUGAUCCACAAUCUGGUGAACUACCAUGUGAACGUUGGAAUCCAACACAAAAUGUUCGAACUAUUUUAUUGUCUGUAAUAUCACUUCUAAAUGAACCAAACACAUUUAGUCCUGCCAAUGUUGAUGCCUCAGUAAUGUACCGCCGCUGGAGGGAUUCAAAAGGAAAAGAUAAAGAAUAUGAAAAUAUCAUAAGGAAACAAGCAAUGGCUGCUAGAGCUGAAGCAGAACGAGAUGGUUUAAAAGUACCAUUAACCUUGGAAGAUUAUUGUAUUAAAACACAAGUGAAACCGAAUAAUUCUGAGCCUCAAGUUGAAAUGACUGAUUUUUAUGAUGAUGAUUAUGAUGAAGAGUACGAUGACCCAUCUGAUGGAUCUGAAUAUCCCGAGGAAGAUGAUAAUGACAGUGGAAACGGAGAAUUGUGAUGUCGCUAAGAAAAUUUAUUUCAUGAGAUAUGUUUGUUUUAGGUUUUUUCCUACUCUGUUUAUAAUUGCUGCUUCAAAUUUUAGUGUUUAUUUCGACAGACAUGGUUAAUCCUAACUAUUAUUUUCUAUCUUCUUAUAGAGGAAUGUUCCUAAAUCAAUAAUUUCUCUUUUACAUCGAAACAUAGUGAAACUCACUGCAUUAUUUAUUUGAGCUCUCAACAUUUUUUUUAAUAUCAAGAGCCUUAUUCAGAUAGGAUUAUACCUGUCUCUCUAUGAUCUCCUUCAAUAUACGAGUUUUAUAUAUCAUCACACCUACCAAAUUAUAGAUAUAAUUAAAUUCAAAAACUAAAAAAAUUAUCUGGAUAAUAAGAUCACAAUCUAUUGAAGAAAUUGAUGGAAGUAUUUCAUAAAAUUUCGUAAGUUAUGGUAGAGAAACAAUAUUUCUGAAUUUGCAUUGGAUUGUAAAUUAGACCUAGAAAAUAUCAGCAAAUUAAAUUGAUUGUAACAUAACAUUUUUGUUUAUUUAUAGAAUUUUUAUUUAAUAAAUUUUCAGUGGAAUAAUUAAACAGUUUAUUACUUAUUAAAUAUCUAGAAGAGGUUGGAAGCAGUGAGGUAAAAUCAAAUUAAACAAAAAACACACAUUGAAAAUUUGAUUUACUAUAUGAAUGUUUUAGAUUCGUCAAUUUUAUUUCCGAGCACAUUGAAGAUUAAUUUAUCACCUUUUCUGGUCUAUCUCAAACAAUUUCUAUAGGAGUAAACGACAAUACUAGAUGACCACAAAACAAGAGUUACUGUUUUCAUGUUGGCGCCACAGGAUUACAGUACUACUGCUUAAAUUUGUUAUUAUGCCCAUGGAAAGAAAAUUUAAGUAUAAAUAAUUUCUUAAUAACCUAAACGUGGACUAAAGAAAAUAUCGAGCGUGGGACAAUUGACAAAACUCUCUUAAAGUAGUUGGAUGAAGAAAUAACAAAAAUUUCAGUGUUUACAAAAACAUAGCAAUCCAGAUGAUUAUGCAUUAAAGCCCCCAAUGAAACUGUAACAUUUUUGUGGCUUCACCACAUAUUAUGAUAUAUUUUAAUAGAAAGCUUAAGAUAUUUUUCUUAGGUAAAUCUGGUAAUGGCACAAUCAUGAAACAUUUUUCAUGUCAUAGUAUAAGCUUCUGAAGUCCUAAUUUCGUUUCUGUUUCUGAGUAACUGAAUUUAUUAUUCCAAAGGAUACAUUCCCAUUACUCACUUUUCAGCUUCAAGUUACCCUAUUUUUAUUGAAAGAGGUAGAAAUCGGAAGAUUCAAAAGAUAAAAAAAAUUGUAGAUUUUCAUUUCCAAUAUGUUGUAAAUUUUUUUUGCAGUAGCACAUUUUCUUCCACACAGUUUUAUUCAUAUUAUGUUAUUAUUUAUUUAAUUUAAUAUCACAAUCUUCUAGAGCCAAAUUUUAAGUGGGAGUAAAAUAACAUUCAGAAGACCUAAAAACACAAUUUUCAGAUUCUAUCUUAUGAAGUAGUCGGCAAAACGAUUCCUUAAUCCUUUUUGAAAUAAUGUUGCUGUUCUUUUAAACAGUGAUGUAUUCGAAAUAUGUAAUUAAUUAAUACUUGUAAACAAAUUUGUAAAUAUUUUCACAGUUAAUUAGAAGAUUCAACAAACUAAUUCCACAAUUGCAUCAGAUCCCACAAGUGUUUUAAGUCUUUCAACUGUAUUUUGAGAUUUUCAUUAAUUGUGUUAGGUUGGUUAUAUUAAAUUAAACUCGUCUAUUGAAAUUAAUUUUCUUGGUGUUCUGUGUAUAUAACUUGUGUUAAUCGCAUGGAUUCAUUCUAACUCUAGGGAUUGAUUAACAAAUCUUAUUAUGAAGGAGUUAAAGAAUAAAGGGAUUAAAUCCACUUAAUGACAAAUUAACUAAUAAAUAAUUAAGAAUUUUCUUAGUUUCAGUAUCUGAUACCAGUAUUUUCAAUGACAAAAUAUGGUAAAAAUGGGCUAUAUCUUAUUGAAAGGAAAAAAUAAUAAGAAAAUUUGUGAAAGGAAAUUAAAAGUUAAAUUAACCUCAACUGGAAAAACAAAUGAAAAUUUUUAAUAUAAAGACAUCUAACGAGAGAAAAAUAAGUUGGUAUGGUAUAAAUACUCAUAUAAAACAAAUAGUCCUUAUGAUGUAUGACACAAAUUUUCCCCUUUUAUUCUUACAUACCUUCAUAUGUUAGGGUCGUUUUUUAAAUUUUCAAAACAUUUUCAAACUACGUUGCAAAUAGUAUUAAUGAACUUAUCUAGAUAAGGCUGAAUUGUUGCCAAGAUUUAGCAGAGAUCUGGAUAGCGAUGGUAUAAUAUGGUGAUCUAGCAGUUGCAGCAGCAAUUAAUAGCACCAAAGUAGGAUCUGAAUAAAUUUAUUGAAUUGUUGCCUCCGAGAUGUAGUAUAGGAAAAUAUUUCUCUUUUGGAAACAACUACACGAGAGUAGAUUAAAUAAGAAAAAAUUCAUCAUAGGUUAAUAUUGGCCUUCUACUAGGUAAUCACAUUAAUCGAUAUGAGAAAAUGUUUUUGAAAAUUAUGAAUUAUCAUUUUUAGACAGCCCUAACGUGGAGUCUUUUGUACUGACCUAUUCAAAGGUGUUCAGAUUUACAUAAAUAUAAAAUUCAAUAUAUGCAAAUUUUUCAAAUGAUUUUUGUUUAAUAAAAGUAUUGUUUGUCGUAAUAUACUUUUUAUAAAAUCAUCAAACCUCAUUCUAAAUUUGAGGAUAUACAACAUAUUAUUGAAAAUCGGAAUUAAUUCAAAUGUUUGAGACUAGAAUAAAGUUCAAACAAACAUUGCGCUAUUAUAGUUCUAAUCUUCUAAUAGUCUGGUGGCUAUUUAGCAACAUUAGUUAUUAACUUAGAUUAAUUAUACUGAAUAUUGUAUAUUAUUCGGGAAUCGUUUUGGCUUUACAGCCACUCUGCACCUAUACCUGGAAUAUAUUUUCUACGAGACUCUACAUCUCAUUGUUCUGCUUCCAACAUACGCAGACCCAAAGAAGACUAUUUUUCUGGAUUUUCCUACUUCCCAAGGUGUUAGUACUACUCCUUCAAAGUACUUUUAGUCAAAUGGGGGUAGUUGCUCUGCUAUUUCCAUGGCUUGCCAAGACCGACCACCAGUUUUAUGUCGUUUCUGAUUAUAACUAGCAAUUCUUCAUACUUUUAAGCUUAUAUGGGUACGGAUUUUUUGGAUUGUCUUACGCCUGGAGUGUUUCUCCAAGCCUAAGACAAACAGGGCAGUAAACUAUUGAUCUCUGAAGACGAUAAAUUGGUUAUCGAAACGCACAUCAGUGUGUUGGUGUAGUGAUGGUAGUAAAUUUUGUGUUACGAAUACCAGCAACCAUUUCAGAAAUUCCAACUAAAUAUUAUAAUUGUUAGCAAAUAUAUUAAUUUUGUUAUUCGAUAUGUACAGCAAUCAGUAAUAUAUCCUGUAUAAUCAAAAAAGUGGAUUCGAAACUAGAAGUUCAAAAGUGAAAUCUGAAUAAAUAAUUUAUCAGUGGUUAGUUCAGUACGAAAUACAACACAUUGUAUAUAUUGUAUGUAUUUAGUGAAUAUAUGAAAAACCUUUUUUUGAAAAUGUGUUAUAAAGUGAAAGGAGAAGAAAUUUCUGUAAAAAUAACAAUCAGUAUUUUGAAAACUGUAAAUUGAGUAUUACUGCACGAUUUGGAUCUAAUAGGUUGCUAAAUAUACAAUAAAAGUCAUUAUGUAUAGAAGCGAGAAAAUAAUUCGUGGAUUUUUCAUCAGAGGUCCCUAAAUUUUUUCAUCUUACAGUAUUUUCAAAAUUUUACUGCUGAAUUUCAACCAUAUUCCUUAAACCUUGUCAAAAAUAUGAAGAUGUAACAACGGUAGUUUAUCUAGACCUCUGUAGUGGUCAAUUAAUUCUUGGUAGUCCAUCUGAAUCACUUACUUACCCCAUAAAAAAAUCGUUUAUUCCUAAUUAUUCAAAAUCUCAUUAGCCAUUUAGUGAGCAAAAAAUUGACAAUUUAAAGAGAUUAGAAACCCAACAAAAACUCUAUAUUUACUAGUACUUAAUAACUGAUAGUAUUUUAGUCUAGUCUGGAAAAUUUCCUUUAAAAUUGAUAAUAAAAUGUUCCCCAAAUGAUUUAAGAUGUUUUUCCUAUUAGAUCUAAUAUUAAAUCUUGUAGAAUUCACUCAAAAUAAAUUCAGUUUCAACGUCAGUUAAUUUUCAAAAAGGUCCACAUAUUCACAAAUGGUUCAGGUGAUUUUGAUAACUAGGUUAAAUAUAUUUUUUUGUAAAUAUUUAAUAGAGUAUUAAUAUUUAUUUAGAUUUAGAAUUUUUGAUCAUUAUGAAUGUGUAAAAUUUCUCACAGGAUACAUCAAUAUGAUUUGAUAGAUAAAACUCUACAGCAUGUGAAUAUUGAUUUCGGUAAAAUUUCAUCAAGGGAAGAGAUUAGGAACAUAGCAACUAACUGAUAUUUAUAACAAUUUUUUGGUUCUUUAAAAAAAUAUCUAAUUAAAUUAACAAAUAAAAAUCCACUGAGAAGCAUUUUCUUUAUAAUCAAUUGUUUUUAGGUCAUAACUUAUAUAUAAUAAUUAUUUUCUUCAACUUUUUACACCUCAUAUAUCUGAAAAUCAGUUUAAAUCAUUAUUUAGUGCUCGUUCUUCCAAACCCUGGAUCGUACACUUUGAUUUGAGAAAAUAUUUAUAAUAAAUCAUAUUGAUACACUCUGUAUAUUUGAAGUAGUUGAUAUAUCAAUGUAUAUAGAAACAUUUAGUAAUUUGACCACCAUUUUAAAAACUCCCUUGGAGUUGCCGUUAGAGGCAGUGUUCAAUAUUUUUAUAUACGGCAAAUAUAUUGGUAAUGUGAACAGAAUAUUGGAAAAUACAUCCAAAUGUCUUUAAGUUGUAUUAACAAAUACAUCCAUAUCUGGCUCAAACGGCCAGACAGUGUAAUUUUGAGUGUUGAUGUAUUAGUGGUGUUUGAUAUGAAUAUUACAAACGGUUCCAAAAAUGAUAACAUGGCAGAGUAUUUUUCAACUUUAGGAAUACUUCUCAGAAGAAAUCCAUCUAAAAAUGUCCAAACUUUUCAAUGAAAACAGUAAUUUGUCAAUUUCAUUUAUCUAUCUGAAAUUAUCUUGCAAACUUUCAACGCCACAUGGUAUAUAUUAUAUAUGACAUAUAUUUGGAGGUACAUCUUAAAGCUACACUGACACUAGUAUUUUUUUAUACAUAAUCACUGGCCAAGCCGUGAAAAAUCGAACUAUUUGACUGUUCAUAUUGCAUAUUGUAAUGUUCAUCGAUAGUGAUUUUCUCGCAUUGAAAUAUUUAUGUCAUUAAUUACCUCAUGUGUGAAAUUUGUUUUAAACUGUUCUAUCUUUUGAACGAAUAAAUGGUCAAGAUUU